UGACAGAAUGCCAGAGGAAGAAUGAGAGCUCCUCCCAUUUCUCACAGCCUCCUCCAAGUAUUAAACUGCUUCCAACUGCCUCCCAGCACACAACCAACACACGAAACUACUGUCAGAGAAGGCACUAAAGGGCAAAAACUGAGUGAAGCAGCAUUAAUUGAUCAACUCCUUGACAAGAUACCAUGGCAAAGAAGGUGGCAGUGAUUGGAGCUGGAGUCAGUGGCCUGAUCUCUCUGAAGUGCUGCGUGGAUGAGGGACUUGAACCCACCUGCUUUGAGCAGACUGAAGAUAUUGGAGGGCUGUGGCGCUUCAAAGAAAAUGUUGAAGAUGGCCGAGCAAGUAUUUAUCAAUCUGUCAUCACCAACACCAGCAAAGAAAUGUCCUGUUUCAGUGACUUUCCAAUGCCUGAAGAUUUUCCAAACUUCCUGCACAAUUCUAAGCUCCUGGAAUACUUCAGGAUUUUUGCCCAAAAGUUUGAUCUUCUAAAAUACAUUCAGUUCCAGACAACUGUCCUCAGCGUGAAAAAACGCCCAGAUUUCUCAUCCUCUGGCCAGUGGACAGUUGUUACUGAGAGCAAUGGCAAGGAGCAAAGUGCUGUCUUUGAUGCAGUCAUGGUUUGCAGCGGCCAUCACAUCCUCCCUCACAUCCCACUGGAGUCAUUUCCAGGUAUCCAGAAGUUCAAAGGCCAGUAUUUCCAUAGCCGCCAGUACAAACACCCAGAAGGAUUUGAAAGGAAACGCAUUUUGGUGAUUGGAAUAGGAAACUCAGCCUCAGAUAUUGCAGUUGAGUUGAGUAAGAAGGCUGCUCAGGUGUUUAUCAGCACCAGACAUGGCUCCUGGGUCAUGGGCCGUAUCUCUGAAGAUGGCUACCCCUGGGACAUGGUCUUUCACACCCGCUUUAGCUCCAUGCUCCGAAAUGUCCUGCCACGAACAGUUGUAAAAUGGAUGAUGGGACAACAGAUGAAUCGGUGGUUCAACCAUGAAAAUUAUGGCCUUAUACCUCAAAACAAAUACCUUAUGAAAGAGCCUAUACUAAAUGAUGAUCUUCCUAGUCGCAUACUCUAUGGAGCCAUCAAGGUGAAAUCAAAAGUGAAAGAGAUCACAGAAACUUCUGCCAUCUUUGAGGAUGGAACAGUGGAGGAGGGCAUUGAUGUCAUUGUCUUUGCAACAGGCUAUACUUUCUCUUUUCCCUUCCUUGAAGAUCCACUUGUUAAAGUAGAGGAUAAUAUGGUCUUGCUGUACAAGUACAUGUUCCCUCCUCAGCUGGAGAAGUCAACCCUUGCAUGCAUUGGUCUCAUCCAGCCCCUAGGUUCCAUUUUCCCAACUGUUGAACUUCAAGCUCGUUGGGUAACAAGAGUUUUCAAAGGCUUAUGUACCUUGCCUUCGGAGAGAACUAUGAUGGCAGACAUUAUCAGCAGGAAUAAAAGAAGAAUUGACUUGUUUGGAGAGAGCAAUAGCCAGAUACUACAGACCAAUUACAUCGACUACUUGGACGAGCUUGCCUUGGAGAUAGGUGUAAAGCCAGACCUCGUCUCCCUGUUGCUAAAGGAUCUUAAACUGGCUGUGAAACUCUGCUUUGGGCCCUGCAACUCCUAUCAAUAUCGCCUGGUUGGACCUGGGCAAUGGAAAGGAGCCAGGAAUGCCAUCUUCACCCAAAAACAAAGGAUACUGAAGCCUUUAAAGACACGAGCUCUAAAAACUUCAUCUAAUCUCCCAGCUUUCUUUCUGUUGAAAAUCCUGGGGCUUCUUGCUGUUGUGGUGGCCUUUUUUUUCCAACUUCAGUGGUUCUAAUCUGUCCACACAAUGCUUUUAGCUUUAUCAUCAGUCAGUACUUCUUAAAGAAAAAAGGUAAAAGGAAAAAUAUUGAAUAUAAAUUCUAAAUUUUAUAGCUGAGAGGAACAGUGGGAGAGGCAGAUGUGGAGAGUUAGCAGAAUUAGGUCUAUUUAUAAAACUGAAAUAGUGUCAGGAAAUAUCUAUUCCAUUCUACCCUUCCCUCAAGUUCAUCAGAUUCUCCAAAAUGCACAGUAAAAUAAUACUAGCUAAAUGGUUCAGCCAAGCCCUAAUUGAGGUGAGUUGUGUGGGAAAAUUAUAAAAUUACAGAGAAUGAAAAGCAGGCCCCAUGGUUUAAAUUAUUGGGAAAUUUAAAUCGUGGGUAAAUAUUUGAACUCCUGCGUGUUAUUCUUGAGAGUCUUCUUAUCUGGACUGUAUUUGGUAACAAAGUUCUCAGAUAUUAGGUCAUGCUUUGUGGGAAAUAAUUCAAAAUACUAAAGAAAAAAAUGAGAAGAUAGACUUAGAAGACGAUGGCUAUGUUCAGAUAUACUCUCAGGGCCUCAUAUUGAAAGCUGAGGGAGUAGCCACAUUUCUUUUAUUUGUUUUAUAUAUUGACUGAAACAUAGCUAUAAAAAUAAAAAUAAACAUGCCAUAAUAGAUAUAGAUAUAGAUAUUUAGUUGGUACUUAUGAUAGACCAGACAACAUGCAUAUUACAUGUAUUAUUUCAUUUAAUCCUCAUGACAAUUCUGUGAGAUGGGUAUGGCUGUUAUCCCCAUCUUAUAGGUGAUGAAACUGACACUCAGAGCAGUUGGGUAACAUACCCAGGACCAGACAGCUGAUUUUGUGAUGGGGCUGGAAUUGGAACCCAGGUUUGCUUGACUCAAGAACUGAAGAUCAUAACCUUGUCCAUAAUAUACUUAUUAACAAAAACCUCCAUUAUUUAUAAAGACUUAUUAAUAGCUUAUUUUAUUCGUAAUCACAUAUAUGUUACUUUUGGAGGAACUUUACAUAGAAAACAAAACUCUUCUUGCAAAUAAGAUCUGAUAGGUUUUAUUGAUAAGAUUUAGGUUAUAUAACAGCAAGAUCUAAAAUUUGCCAGAAUUUACAGUAAAAAACACCUAUAACCUAUAUAGGAGCUCCUGCUGUGGCACAGUCACUGCAGAGGUACAGAUUUGAUCCCUGGUCCAGUGCAGUGGGUUAAAGGAUCAAGUGUUGCUGCAGCUGUGGUGUACGUUGCAGCUAUUGCUCAGAUUCAGUCCCUGGCCAGGAGAACUUCUAUAUGCCAUGGGUGUGCCAUAAAAAAAAUGAAAAUUAAAAAAACACACCUAUGUAAUAACAUUUAACAUAAUCAUUGACAUUGCCAUAAAAACAAGCAUCAAGGAAGAAAAGAAUAUCUCCCAAGGAAAUGAAAAUUAUUAUAAUGACUGGGCCUUGUAUUUAGCUCUAACCCUAAGGCAAAAAGCAAAACAAUAUGUAAUAUUUGUCAUCUGAUAAAAGAAAGCAAGCCAACUUGUUAGGAGAGAUAAACAUUUGCUUAGAAUUGAGGUCUUAAAAUGUCACAAGCUAUUCAAUGUCAACAGACAUUGAGCAACAUAGUAGACCAACAUCUGGUUAUAAAACAUUUACUACAGCUGUUGUUUGCACAAGUUGUGCUUUAAGAGAUAAACUAAGCUAUAAACCCAGAAUAAGACCUCCAAAGAGAAGUAAAAAGCUCAGAGAUUCAAGAUAUAGAAAAAUUUCUCCUCUUCUUCUCCAAAGCCUUUGUGGACAUUACUCUUCACUUUGGCCUGCAUUUCUCCUUCAAGUGCCUAGAGUAAUGUGAUGGCACAGUGGAAACUCUUUAAAGACCGUUGAAAUGGCACCAGCAUUUAAAUGCAAAGGGUUUUUUUUUUAUUAUGCUUAUUAGCAGAUUCCUUUGAAAAAAAUUGCAGAUGGCAUACAUACUUAGUUCUUGAUUAAAAAUUGAUUACUUUGCUAAGUAUUAAAGAUUAUUUGUAAGCCAUUAUAUUAAUAAUAAUAAUAGAAUUUUCAAGGCUUUAUAGCAAGAGUAGGCAAACUACCAUCUGUAGGUCCAAAAGAGCUGACUGCCAGAGUUCCCACUGUGGCUCAGCAGUAAUAAACCUGACUAGUAGCCAUGAGGAUGUGGGUUCAAUCCCUGGCCUCACUCAGUGGGUUAAGGAUCUAGCAUCGCCAUGAGCUGCAGCAGAGGUUGCAGAUGUGGCUCGGAUCCUGUGGCUGUGCCAUAGGCCACCGGCUGACAUUCUGAUUCAACCCCUAGCCCGGGAACUUCCAUAUGCCACCCAUGCAGCUCUUAAAAGCAGGACCAAAUAAACAAACAAACAAAAACAGCCUACUACCUAUUUCUGUAAAUAAAGUUUUACUGGAACACAGCCAUUCAUAUUCAUUUAUUAUCUGAAGCUACUUUAAAGCUGCAGUAUUAGAAAUGAGUAUUUGCAAUAGAAACAAUACGGCUCACAAAGCCUAAGGUAUUUACUAUCUGACCCUUUAGAAAGUUUGCUGAUCCCUGCUUUGUCACUUGCCUCACUCAUCAUUACCACUAUUCAGUGAAAUAACGAUGGUUGUUAUCCUGUUUCUAUAGCGGAGGAAAUUGAAAAUCAAUUAUCGGGUUGAUGCUGAAUCAAUAGGGGGAAAAGAGCUCCAGUAGGAUUAAAUUCUUAUUAAAUUUAUAUAUCCUUGAAAAUUUUAGAAAGAAGAUGAUCCCUUGAAAUCUUUCCAAGUAUACUGCUAUCUUUUUAAAAACGUCAAGAGUUCAAGGCCAGAGCCUGAGAUUGACUAAGAAAGACUCACUCAAGACCUCUAUACAUCCCGAAACAUGAAACUAUCCUAAAUAAACCAUCUAGUAUCCUAUGACCCACAGAGAUAUUUCCUGCAACAGAAAGCUCAGAGAGUUCAUAAAAGUUCAGAUUCCUGAAUGAGAUGUAAUAAUAAUUCAGACCUGCUGAAUCAGAAUCUCUGCUGAAAUCUACAGUCUUGAUAAGUUCCCUGGAGGAGUCUCGUGCACAUUAUACUUAGGAACAAUUUGUUUGAGCCCUCUCCAAAAAAUACUGUUUUCAGAGAUUAGUCUUUGACUCUUUCUGCUCCUCCGGGCCAAAUUCCUCCUUAGGUUCAGCCUUGGCAUUUCUUGCUGUACAAUGUUUGUUCUUCUUGUCUAAAGGGUGUUAGCUAGUUACCAUCUUCUUGCAAAAUCUCUCCCUGUGAUGGUUCCCCUUUAUUAAUCUUUUAUUUUAACUAUUCUUCUCUAGAUGAUAGCUCCUUGAUUUUCCAUCCCCAAAGCCAAAUGUGUCACAUUUGCUCUUUGCAGAAAAAUAAAGAUAUUUUAUAAAUUAAACUCUUGGGCCAUAAUAUGUACAAAAAUUUUAAGUGAUAAAGAUUUUUUUUUUUAUCCUUUUAAAGCCACACACACAACAUAUGGAAGUUCCUAGGCAAGGGGUAGAAUCAGAGCUGUAGCCCCUGGCCUACACCACAACUCAUGGCAAUACCAGAUCCUUAACCCACUGAGCAAGGACAGGGAUCAAAUCUGCAGAUUUUAGGGUAAGGCUUGGUUCCUUACUGCUGAGCUGCAAGGGGAACUCCCUCAAGUGAUAAAGAUUUUUAAAAGUCUAAUUGAUACAGAAUCCAGCAUUUACAUUAUAAUGAGGAUGACAAAGGAAGCGUCUUCCUUAUAACUGGUCUUUUACCCUGGAAGAUGUUGUUACUGAUCUGUAAUGCUCAGUGCAGACUUUUGGUUAUUUCCCAGGAGGGGGAAUGUGUUUACACAGGACAUGCCUCACUUUCUUUUCCAGUCUGCCUUACAACCAGAUUAUGGAUCCAUGAUACAAAAAAAAAAAAAAAA